CGGGAGCGGGGCAGGCGGCAGCAGGCGAGGCGGCAGGGGAGGGCUGGGAAAGCGGCGGCAGCAGCGGCGGCAGGAGCGGCUGCAGGGCCCUCCGAGGGAGAGGGUGAGGAGGAGGAGCUGCUCGAAUUCUGCACGCAGGCCGCCCCCUGGCCCCGCCUGCGCCUCGCACUGGCCCAUGCCAACCUGCGCAGGGAGGCGCAGCAGCAGCGGAGGCAGCAGCAGCAGCAGCAGCAGGUGCUGCAACCUGGGGCAGCGGAAGCCGACAAGGACAGUGGCGGCAGCGGUGACAGUGACAACAGCGGCGGCGGUGACAGCGGUGGUGGCAGCAGCGGUGGUGGCAGCAGCGGUGGUGACAGCAGCGGCGGUUUGCUGGUGGUGGGCUACGUGAUGAAGGGCUCCCGGGAGAGGGACCUGGCGCGGGAGGGGCUGAUCAACCUGGUGCCGCAGGAUGGCCUGGUGUUCGCCCCCCUGGACCUCUCCUCCCCCCCGCUGUCCGCCUGCCUCACCUCCCAGCUGCCCUUCCAUGCGCUGCUGCACAAGGCCUCCGACGAGCUGGUCCCGGGCCCCACCGGGGCGCCUACCUUCGGGCCCCGCAUACAGCAGCUGGCAGCCUGGGUGGAGCAGCGCCGCAGCCUGUGGAGGCAACAACAGGGGCAGGGGCAGGGGCAGGGGCAGCAGGGGCGAUUGGGGGAGGCAGUGACCCAUGGGUCACUGCCAUCAGGGAUGGAGGCGGCGGUUGGUGGUGGUUGCGGGUGGGUGAGUGUGGUGGACCCGUUGGAGGCGGCUGCGCGGGUGAUCAGUCGUACGGAGCUGGCGAGGGUGUGUGAGGCGCUGCCGCUGCUGCAGCUGGGAAGCGGGGGGCGGCAGGAGGGGGGGCCGGGGGGCGCGGGGCAUGCAGCAGAAGAGGCAGGAGGGGGAGGGGGAGCCCGCAUGGUAGUCCGCGCGCCCCGCAGUGUGGAGGUGACGUCCUUCAGCCGGGAGGAGCUGCAGCGGGCGGUGGCGAGGCUGGGCGUCCCCCCUCCCUACCUUGUGAAGCCGCUGCCCGCGGUGAUUCAAGAGUUUGUGAACCACGACGCGCGCAUCUACAAGGUGUAUGUGGCGGGGGACAAGGUGUUCCACGUGGUGCGCCCCUCCAUCCCCAACCUGCCCACCCGCCCCCACACCGCCCGCCAGCUGGCCCCCUCCGGCCUGCUGCUUUUCGACUCCCUCAAGUCCCUCCCGACAGCCCUCACACCGCCACCACCGCCGCCGCCACAACCAGCACAGUCCCCUGCUGCCGCCGCUGCGUCAGCUCCCACAGAGCCCAACCCCGCACCCGCCCCCGUCCCCUCCUCCGCACCCGCCCCCGCUCCCACACCCGCACCCUCACCACUUUCACCACCCCCGCCCCCAGCAGCCGCCCCCAGCCCGGCGGUGCUGCAAGCGGUGGCGAGUCAGCUGCGGGGGUCACUGGGGCUGUCGCUGUUUGGGUUCGACGUGGUGGUGGCCAGCAGGGGGGCGGAGGGGGCAGGGGGCGGAGGAGGAGAAGGCAGGGAGGCGGAGGAGGGUGCUGGUGAUGCGGGUGAUAAUGGUGGUGGUGGUGAUGUGGUGGAGUUGGUGGUGGUUGACAUCAACUACUUCCCCAGCUACCGGGGCGCUCCUGGUGCUGCGGGGCUGUUCCGAGCGGC